UUAAUAAUUGGUGUGCACACAUCUGCUGGGGCCUGGGGAUGUGCCAAGAACAAGAAGAGCCGGCGUUUGGCAUUUGAUACCCAGGCCCAAUUCUUAUCAACUCUACUCUCUUCUUCCUCAGAUUUCAGCAGCUGCCUUUAGCUUCUAAUUCCGCCCAAAAUGGGAAGGACGAAGAAAUUUAUCGACAAGAAAAAGUCUGCAACUUUUCAGAUACUCGCCCGAGACUCUUCGGAUCAGAAGUACGAAGCCGGUCCCGCCGGCGACAAAACCUUCUACAGACUCGAUAACAAUCCCUACUCCGUCAGCGGUUUUGAUGACGCAGGCGAGCCGGACGACGGACCAUCGGAUAAUAACCACGGUGGUAUCUUCGAUGACGCGCCGGGAGAUUAUGAUAGCGAUGAAAACGACUUCUCCUUUGCGGUUCCCGAUAACCAAGCUAAGAAGAAGCAGUUGCCUGAUCAUAUAAGGAAGGAGAUACUGGAAUUAGGGUUUCCGGAUGAUGGUUACAAUUAUUUAGCUCACUUGAGAGAAAUUAAAAACACUGGUGGCGGUUCUACUUAUUAUCAAAAUCCAAAAUCUCAGCUCGUUCAGCUUCCACGUGAUAUCAAGGCUUAUGACGCAUCAAGAAUAGAUAUUUCAAAAUUCGGUGAUGAUAAUGAUAAUUCCAGUGAGAGGAUAUAUAGUGUGGCUGCAAAGACCGUGGGUGUUAGAAUUCAAAAAGCAGUGGAUCCUGAGGUUGCUGCAUUGCUAGAGGAUAGUGAUUUUUCUCAGUUUGGAUCUGAUGUUGAGGAUUUAGAUGAAGAUUUUGUUAUUAAGGCAAAUUUGCCAGAAUUUCCUUUUGAUGAAGAAAAGGUUGAAAAGAAUCUGAAGUUGGUCAAGGCUACUGACAGCACAGAGAAGGAUGACAGCUUUAAAGAAACACCACGAGUCCGCCGUGCAAUAGAUGAUCAGUUUGACAUGCUUCAACUUCAGGAAUACGGUUCAGAAGAGGAUUUUGAUGAUUACAUGGAUGAUGAAAAUGAUUACGAGGCAUCUCUUGCAGAGAAACUCAGUCACACUUUUAAGCUUCACUCAAUCCAUGAGUCUGAAGUUGAUGGGAAUCAGAAGGUCCCCUUAGAUAUGCUUCGUAUUAAUAAGAAGAUGACUGAUGAUGAGGAGGCAAUGGAAUUUGCCCCUGAUGUGAUUAACCGUGUCAGGGAAUAUGCUGAGAAGUAUGAAAAUGAGAGUGUAGAUGAAGAGACAGUUCUUUUUGAUGAAAGUAGCAGUGAUUCUGAAAUAUGGGAUUGUGAAACUGUAGUUUCAACAUAUUCUAAUCUGGACAAUCACCCUGGGAAAAUUGAAGCUCCGGGUUUAAGGAGAAAAAAGAAGUUGGCAACUAUUUCGGAAGUUUCAAAAUUGUCUGUGCCCAUAAUAAACUUGAAAGGAAAGGAGAAGCUUCCUGUGGACUUCCUACCUAACAGGGGUAAGGAUGCUUCAGGGAAAAGUGGGAAGAAGAAGAGUACCAAAGAAGAGGAAAAUGACAAGUCUAAAGUCGAAAUAUAUAAUCGGAAGCCACAUGGUCAAGAGUCAAAAGAAGAAAAGAAGGAAAGGAAGUCUGCUGUCAAGGAAGAAAAGCGUGAGGCCCGUCGUGCAAAAAAGGAAAUGAAAGAGCUAUAUAAGUCUGAAGCUCACCGUGCUCAGAAAGUUGCUGCUUUCACUGGUCCAUCUGGGAGACGUCUUAUGUAACAAGAUUUUAGGCCACAUUUUGCUGGGCGCAUGGAUUGAAGUUCCCCUGCUGCUCUACAUUUUGUAUCAAACUGUAGCUCUACUAGGCCAUACUUUUGCAGAGAACUCAAUUUUUGUUGGAUGUAAUGAUAACAUAAAAAUUAUGUUUUAUCAUUUAAUCUUAGGCAUUGCAUAAUUUGUUAUAUAAUAUUAUACUCGAGAUUAUUAAACCAUCUUACAAUGGUGAAAGGGUUAUCGGGCAACUUUUCAUUUCUGACAUUGGGAGUUGGGAGUUUAUCGCACACUUUUCAGUUCUAACA